AUGAAACUAUUAAUUGUACUCGCAUUAUUUGUAAUUGCUGCAAAUGCUGUACCAUUUGCUAAACAUUUCACCAAGGCUAGUAAAGGUAAAAAUUGGAUCUUAUUAUGCGCUGGUAGUAAUGGGUGGUAUAAUUACGCUGACCAGGCAAUUGUAUACAAAGCGUGGCACUUAUUCCGGUCAUACGGUAUACCCGAAGAAAAUAUAAUUAUUUUCCAUUACGACGAUAUCGCUAAUAAUAAGGCCAACCCUACACCCGGUAUAGUCAUUAACGACUUCAAUGGCACCGAUGUCUAUAAGGGUGUCCCAAAAGACUACGUCGGCAAAGAUGUUACGCCUAAAAAUUUCCUAGGUGCUCUACAGGGUGACCAAGAAUUAGCUAACCAAGGUAAAAAGGUUAUCAAUAGUGGACCUGACGAUCAUAUAUUUGCUUAUUUUGGCGAUCAUGGAAUGCCUGGUGCUGUUAUGUUUGCCACUGGUCAACUAUAUGCCACAGACUUAAACAAGGCCCUAGUAGAUAUGCACAGUAAAAAUAAAUUUGCCAAGCUUGUAUUUUAUAUUGAUACUUGCGAAUCAGGAUCAAUGUUUGAUAAACUAUUACCGGCUAACAUUAACAUAUACGCUGCCACCUCGUCGACACCAAAAGAUCCUAGCUACUUCUGGAAAUAUGAUAAAACCUAUAAAACAUUCCUAGGUGCCUGGUUUGCUAGUUACUGGCUAAUAAACGACGAGGCAGUUGACCUGGAUACUGAAAAUUUUGACCAACAAUUUAAAUUGUUUGCCGAUAGGUAUAACGUUACUGAACCCACAUCACCCGGUCAUAAGCCGCAUAAUUAUACAAGUAAAAUAAAUGUGCAUGAUAAUGAGAAAAAUUAUGGGGCGGUCAUCAAAUGGGACGUACCACUGUAUAUACUACAGAGACGUAUCAGUGAGACAAAUGAUGUGGAUGAGAAAAAUGAAUUAACUAAAGAAUUAGAGCUCGCAUUGAAAGGUCGCGAAUACGUGGAUAACGUGUUCAAUGAAUACGUGAAUAGUAUUCAACACUUAAUGCCAAACAUCGCAACCAAUGCUAUACUCCAUACGAAACAAGAGCUC